UCCGGGUCCUCGAGAAGGGCUGUCACGCUAAUCUCCCUGGGGAAGUCCUCGCUCCUCCCCGCCGCACUCGCGGGCCCUUUAAGAGACCGGCCCUCCCUUGGCGCGCCUGCCCUCUUCAACUGCCGCCGCCAUGGCCACUCAGCUCCUGGAGGAGAAGCUGACCUGUUCCAUCUGCCUGGGGCUCUACCAGGACCCGGUGACGCUGCCCUGCGGCCACAAUUUCUGCGGGGACUGCAUCCGGGAUUGGUGGGGCCGCCAGGAGAAGGCGUGCCCUGAGUGCCGGGAGCCCUUCCCCGAGGGCGCCGAGCUGCGCCGCAAUGUGGCGCUCAGUGGUGUGCUCGAGGUGGUCCGCACGCGGCCCUCCUCGGUCCCCGAACCUGGCCGGGACCGGGAACCUGCCUCGGACCCUGGUGCGCGCUGCCCCCGGCACGGGCGGCCGCUUGAGCUCUUCUGCGUCACCGAGGGCCGGUGCGUGUGCAGCGCCUGCACGGUGCGCGAGUGUCGCCUCCACGAGCGGGCGCUGCUGGACGCUGAGCGCCGCAAGCGCGAGGUCCAGCUGAGAGCCAUGCUGGAGGUCACCCAGCAGCAGGCCACCCAGGCUAAGAGCCAGCUACAGGAGCUGCAGCAGCGAAGCAACCAGAUUCAGAGCUCAGCCGGCACCUUGGCCUCCGUGGUCUCUGGCAAGUUCAGCUGCCUGCUGAAGGCCCUGGAGACGCGUCGGGACUUGGCAUUGAGGGACAUCAAUGUGGCCAAGACACGGGCGCUGGCACAGGCCUGGGAAGAGGAGCAGCGACUGCGGGGCCACCUGGAGGCCAUGGCUCACUCUGGCCGCAGGAUCGGGGACCUGCUGGAACAGCUGGAUGACCGAACCUUCCUGCAGGAAUCACAGCUCCUCGUGCCCCCAGGGCCUCUCGGGCCACUGACUCUUCCACAGUGGGAUGAAGACCAGCAGCUGGGUGACCUAAAAGAGUCCCUGAGCCAAUUUUGUGACCUCCUGCUGGACAAAGCGGGCCCCCCUGGGGCACUAGCUGAGGCUGCUGACUUGGGUCCCAUGGAGGCCCCAGGUCCCCUGGCACCAGUCCCAAGCCCAGUUUGUUCGCUGAGGAGGAACCUCUGGCAGAAUUAUCGCAAUCUGACCUUUGACCCAGACAGUGCCAACCGCUACCUCUACCUGUCUCUGCAGGACCAGCAGGUAAAGCACCGUCGAAAGCCCCGGGGCCUGGCCAAGCCAAACAGCUUUGAGCUCUGGCAGGUGCAGUGUGCCCAGAGUUUCCAGUCUGGGCGACACUACUGGGAAGUGCGCACAUCUAACCACUCGGUGACACUGGGCGUCGCCUACCCAGAACUGACACGGCGCAAGCUGGGGCCCUACACAGACAAUAUUGGCCGUGGGCCCAGCUCCUGGGGACUCUGCGUUCAGGAGGAUAGCACCCAGGCCUGGCACAAUGGGGAGGCCCAGCGCCUCCCACGAGUGUCAGGGAAUCUCCUGGGCAUGGACUUGGACCUGGUCUCUGGCCGCCUCACCUUCUACAGCCUGGAGCCCGAGGCUCAGCACCUGCAUACCUUCCAUGCCAUCUUUACCCGGCCCCUUUACCCUGUCUUCUGGCUCCUGGAAGGUAGGACCUUGACCCUGUGCCAUCAGCCCGAGGCCAAGCUUCCUCCAAUGCUCCAGGAAGAGGCCUCGGGGCUCAGCUGAGGAAGGCACAGGAUAGAACUCCGGGCUGGGAACAGGUACCCCCAUACCUGUGUACCCAAGAACUGCCCCAGCCCCUGGCCUGGGGACCUGAAGCCACAGCUAAAAUGGGACAAGCUGUUGGCCAGAAGACCAACUUAGGACCAAGAUGGGCCACUUGCAGGGGUGGAGGGGUAGCCCCAAACUGGAGUUUACUUUUCUUUGAAGGGGACAGGGACUAGGAAUGGAAUUAAAUGGGAGGACCCUGCCUCAGGCAAAGCCCCUUUUUUGGUGCUGCCUGGGCCUCAGAGGCUAGUGAAGUGCCCAACGGCUCCUGGUCCUACACGAGAGUGCGUGGGGCAAAAUAGCACGCUUAUCAGCUCCUCCCACCGAGACAGUAUAGACCAAAGGAGCAUCAGAGGGUGGGGAGGCAAACCACAAAUUCCUAGAGAAAAUCUAGAGAAAAGUGAUUUUUACCUCCUUUUCUUUUCUUUCUUAACAUUUUGGUAUAUUUUAGUCUCUUAUUUUACACAUCUCGGUGACUGCAUUCCAUUACACAGUUGUAUAUUCUGCAUUUUAUUUUAAUGUAAGCAUUUUUCACAUUAUUAAACUUUUCCCCUGAACAAUUACCAUAUAAAUAGUCAUUCUGGUGACUAUCAGGAUUUAUUAACCCAUUAGUGGACAUUCUAAUUAUUUUAUUUGGGGCUGUAAAAAUAUUGCCAUGAUGAAUAUUUUUGAGUAGGAAGCUUUGGCCAUGUUUAUGGCCACGUCCAGAGGCAAGCUGGAGUCAUGUUGCUCCCCGCACCAGCCCCCUGUCCCCAUCCCCCCAUCACACCAGCCAAGUGGUCACUGACCCUUAGCUCGAGCAGUGAUAUGUGCAAGUGCCAGCCCAGCGCUAGGUCCUUUUAUUUUGGCUUUUGCCACUCAGAUUGUGCUUCCGUGAAGAUCCCUGUACACGUUUUUUUGCUUGUAUUUCUGGAAAUGGGGCUGCUGGAUCAGGGCAGCUGCAAUUUUUUUACUGGAAACAUCCCAAUUCUUGAUCUGCAUGGUGAUUACAAGGGUGUUUGCUUUAUAACGUUUUAUACUCUACAUACAGGUUUUAUAUACUCAUGCACAUACGUAUAUUUCACAAUGAAAGUUUUUUAAAAGAUGACAUGCAAAAAUACAUACUCAGAAAAAUACAAACUGUUUUUAUAUCUGUGAAAUCUAUAUCUCCCUCCCACAUUGCAACCUGGCCUUGGUCGCUGCCACGGUUGCAGACUCCAUCUUGUGGCCUUGCCCCUCUGCAGUGCGGCUCUCGGUUCAAGGACAGAGCCAGGCCUCUGACUGGUGCAGGCUGGGCAAGGAGCUUCCAGUAAGAUUCCUCAGGUGAGGAGUUCCCCAAACAUGGGGAGGGGGUUUCUAACACUGGGCAGCCCCACCGAGUGACAGGAGAUGGUCAGGACCUGCCUGAACAGCCGGGUUAAAGGCAGAAGCCAAAAGGCCCAGCGGGGUAGGAAGCAGGACUGGGCUGGCCAGGUGGCCAGCACUGCUGGCGGUCCCAGUAUACAGGUUCCAACCAUCCCUCCUGAUCCCAAAGACCCAACACAUGUCCAACUGGCUGAGCCCACACUCUGAAAGGAACAAAGAAAGAAAGACUGGCCCCCUUUCUGUGUCCAUGGUGAGAAGCGUUUCGGGUCAUUUAUUCUAUGAAUUCAUUUUUUAGUCGGGUUGUUGGUCAUUUCCAUAUUGUUCUGCGGAGUGUUCUGUAUUGUGACUACUAACCUUUAUUUCAUAUGAUGAGAGGCUACUGCCAUGUGAUGGCAUGUGCAAUGGAGCAAUGCUUCUCUAGGUGUGGGACCGGCACUUACACAUCCCUCAGAAAGCUACUUCAAAUUAAAUUCACUCGGUCCACCUGACUCUGACAGAAUUCCCCAUCUCCUCUCCAGGAAAGAUGCAUUGAUAUAGAAGGAAAAGGCAUGAACUUUGGGGUGUACCAUUUGAAUAGCCUGUGGGUGUCCCCGGCAUUUUUGCCCCCCCACACACACACACACACAACACACAGUUUCUGGGCUUCUGUGAGGCACAAUCAGGAGAACGGGCACACAGAACAAGAAUAGGAGAGAGUAGGAGAGAUUUUAAAAGACAACGGCCUCGGGGUCCAAUGGAGUUGGAGGGGCUGGGUUGGAGGCCAGAGAGUUGUGGGUGGAGAGAAGAGGCUACUCUUCCCCAGGCAGGAAGGAAAGGAAGGGACGAGGAAACAUGGCUUCAAGUAAAUGGGAGUGGAAGCUAGAAGACAAUGGAGCCAGGCCUUUAAGGUUCUGAGGAGAAAGGAUGUCCAUUCUAGAACCCCAUACCCACCCACAGCUGUCAAUCAAGGAUGAAGCCUGAACAAAGACUUUUGCAGGCACGUCCACUUCCAUUCUCAGGAAGUGCCCAGAGAAAGGACUUUUCAAAAAUUAUGAAGUAAAUCAGUGAAGGGGAAGAAGACCCGGGAUCUAAGCAGUGGAAUUCAACACAAAAGAGAGGCGAUGAAGACUCUAAAUCACCUGAAAUCCAAACACAGUAGCCACACAGAGGGUCAAAGCUGGUGAGCACAUGUUUUAGAGAUGUGGAGAUAUUGGCUAAUAGAAACAGUUAAGAGCUGAAACUGGUUGUCUGUGGGACCAAGAAUUUGGAGUAGGUGGGACACAGGACUGUCAGUUUUUAUUAUUGUAAGUCUCAUUAAAUUGUUUACUUUUUAAAUAAAUAUAUUAUUUUGAAAUAAAUACAAAUCUAAUUUGUAAAA